CAUAUCUACAUAGUAACUCGUCUGAGCUAUCACUUCUUUGUUCCUCUUGAGAGACUGCGAUAUCAGGAUGGAUUCUCGCGAUAUGAUGUCGGCUCCCACAAUCGAGACGGCGUACGAACCAACUGAUAAUGCCACGACUUACCACGAGUCGACUUCACUAGUGGCUGUCAUCGAAGGAAUCACUAUUUACUCCAUUUUUCUUGGAGCGUUUGCCGCCAACCUGAUUGCAAUGACCAUGAUCCUUCGAGAUAGGAAUCUUCGGAGAAAUCUUCAUAACUGGCUCAUUCUGAACCUGAUUGUAAACGACCUUGGUUUUACGAUUACAAAGGCCAUGGUGAUGGUAAGCGUGUUUGACCAUGGGUCUUUUCUUCUUCAGAACAAGAUCAUGUGCUUGGUUAGUGGAAACGUUCUUUUCGUCUUCGGAAACUUUGCGACAGUCAUGGUAAUCUCUGUUGACCGCUAUUUGUCCGUUGUUUGGUCAGAACGGUUCCCUCCUUCGAAGCCAAGAACCAUUGUUUUCAUUGCCAUCACUUGGGUGAUCGCCAUUGGAUCUUCAUUCCCCUCUUUAUUCGGAAGGCUAGCCAAGAUCAGGUACAAGCAGAAGUCUCACGGGUGUGGUCCAGACUGGGAGGGAAACUGUUUCUAUUACAUCAUUUUGAACAUCGCCAUGUUUGCCUUCAUAGUCCCAGCGAUGGUUCUCUGCUAUACUGGUGUGUUCCUGAAAGUGUGGCGUCAACAACAAGUGCUUCGAUCCAAAGCCUUCGGGAAACCUAGCGUCGUAAGCACUCCCAUGCUCGUACCUUCUGUACAGGACGACGACAACGGUGAUGACUAUAGUAAGGACAUACAAACAGAUGAUGACAACAAUCCGGACGAAGGCACUUCUUCGAUUAUUCUUACUCCGGCAAAUUCAUUGGAUUGUACUCGGUCUUUAAGCAUAAAGGAAUCUAUCACCAACCAUGUUAAAAGACAAAGCAAGGAAGGAGAGGGUAUCCACAGAGGAACCUUGACGACGGUGAUCAAGAUUAAGAACCACCGGUCCAUGCAGAGGAAACUCAACAUCGAGAAAAGGGUUGCCCUAACUGGGACCCUACUCGUGCUUACAACCCUCGGGUGCUGGGCGCCAUAUUGCGUCGUUAACUCCUGCGUGCUAUCCCUCCGCAUCCCUCACUGGGCUAUGGUGGCGGCUGUGUGGUUGGGAUCAUGUAACUGCUUAUUGGAUCCUCUCAUCUACACCUUCAUGCAGAGACGAAUUGGAUCACGCUGUCGCUGCUUUCAUAGCCACUGAAAGGUUCGACUAAAGCCGAUGAUUUUUUUUCAAUCUGUGAUUCAGUCAAGACCUAAUACCAUAGCUUAUAUACGUUUCCUGCUGUCUUUGGGCUUAGCCUUUGGUACAGUUGAUUUUGAGUUUAUUGUAAAAUGAUGUCCUAGAGAUUAUACGCCAUCAUUUUCCUUUCUCUCCGGUCAUACUGGUAUGACACUUAUCUAAAUGGCCGACAUUUUAGCUUCUGUAUAGAUAGUAUACGUAUAGUAUAGUAAGUCUAUCCAAUAUUGGAUAGCGUACCCCAGGCUUCCGUUCUCGGGCCUUUGCUUUUCUCCUUCAUUAUCAAGUUUCCAUCAUGCAAUGUCACGAAAUACACGUGCUUUCAUCACGAAAAUAAAAAAAGACAACGGUGAUGAAAAUGUUUAAGCGUUGAAAGAUGCCACAAUGCCGAGGCCAUAUUAAUCGUUAAGCUCUUUGACCCAAAUUCACGACAGGGUUUGUCUCAUCACUAAGUAUCCACGCAUUUAUCCAUUUCCUUUAGCGCAGUUGGCUGGAUUCAGUCAAAUUGUCAAUUUAAUAAUGUUGUAAAGAAAAAAAAAAGAUUUUCGGGAGGUUUCUUUUUUUUCAUUGCCAUGAGGACGGGUUGAUUACAUAGCAAAUCGAUUGAAAAUGCAAGUCAAAACACAAUAAACAGCUGAAAAUCUAUGUCAAAAAAUUUGUUAACUGGAAAAGCAGAUUGUUCUAUAAGAUUCGGAGCUUACGAAUCUUGACAAAAAUGUCGAUUGUCCACAGUGCAUGAUGACACUGUUGCUUUUAUCCACCGAUUUCCGACAAAGCCUGCUUUGUAAUGAAGGGCUUUCGACAAUCGAUUCUCUGUGUUCCAGAAAAUGUCUGCAUAGUGGUUGCAAAAGUUCCCUAUUGAGAGCCUGAAGUGCGUUCAAAUUUGAAUUGCCCAGAUUAUAAACACACGUAAGGGUUGUUGAAGGAAAAUCCUUUCGUUGCAUCAUUUUACUAACACUUUCACCGCCUAUCAUUCAUUUAAUAUGCCAUGAACACGCGUUCAAUUUGUUACUUAGGUCUACGCACUUAUAUAAAUGACUUCCGGUUACGUUUGAUGCAUGAGUUGUGUAUUUUAAUGAAGAGUAAUACUCAGAAGCAAACGAGGAAGGAAGUUGAAGCAUGUAGCUACAAUGAUGUCGAUCUACGUAAUCCUUUUAUAGACACUGUAGGGAAUAAUGUUUUUAGAUUUUUGUUUAGCACAUUGCUAAGCCCGUCGAUAUGAAUGUCUCACAUGUAUGGAUUAUAGUUUAGUUCAGUUUAGUUUACUCCAACGAUGUUGUAGGACGAAGCCUGUUCAUCGAUCAAAGUAGAAAUGUCUAUUGCUGCUCUCCUUCAGACAAAAUUAGAUGCGCUACUUAUGUUGGCAUGGAGGAGUGGCAGGGGUAUCGUAGACAGUGAAAAAUCCCAUGGAAACACACAAGAAACGAAAAUUACUCAAAGUCAUAGGCAAUCUUAAAAAGUUAAAAUCUAUUUGCACAAAAAGUGCAAACAACUUGUUGUUUAAGUGACAGGUUUAAACAACAUGCUUAUAAGAUUGUAAACAGUGUUUUUAAUAUAGUCAUGAUAGUGUAGGUCUGUGAAUAAAAUGCACUAAACAUGCAAAAGGAAGUAUCAUACUAAAAACUCUAUUACUCAGACGAUUUUAUUCUAUUUAAUAAUUCAAGGAGAGAUUAAGCCAUUAAAAGAUUUUGGCAUAUAAUGGCAAAUACAAGGGGAAAUAAUUUUCACAAAUAAUUUACAAUUUAAGAUCUCUGGAAUAAGCGUUACAGUUUGGAAUACGUACAUAAAUUCCCAAGCAAAGUGGGUCGGUAAAUUUGUCUCAUAACAUACAGUGUCCAUUUAAAAAAAGGGUAAUUCCGUUUAAACUAGCCAAAUGAUUCACCAUAUUCCAUUUGAAUUUUUUUUUCUCAUUUAUUUUUUUUCAAUACAUGAAAAGUUGAUGGAUAGCUAACCAAGACGAAUUUGAAUUUCAUUAUCAAAAUUGAGUUGUGGAGAAAAUGAUGUUGUUCACAAUUACGUAAAAAAUGGCGACGAACUUGCACAAUAAAGGGAUUGCUCAUAAUAAUUGCUUCGUUGUCAUACUGUGUGUUUUUUUCUUUUUUUUUUCUUUGCCGUUCUUCCAAAGUCUCAAUCACAAAUUUGACAUUAAAUUCAGACCACACAAAUUUGUGAUAAAAAUAUAUUGAUGAUGGUGAUGUUUUCUUGCAGGACUCUCUACAUGAAAGGUUUAUAUCCUCCCGUGUAUUUUUAUGAAGAUUAAGUAGGCCUACGUCUACAAUGAAAGAAUAGAUUUUUAUUAUCUCGGCUCGCUGCACUCGUUCGGAUUGAUUGAAUGACUGCAUUUAUUCUUUUUCACUCCAAAAUUAACAAAAGUUACAAUGUAAAGCAUAACACAAAAAUAUCAUAUACAGAAAUGAAAAAAGGGAACCCACUGGAAAGCGAAGCUUAAUGUUAGUACGGGUUCCCUGCAAUAAAUAAUUAAAGUAUAUCUUUGAUCAAUGAAAUUCAAUUCGUAAAUUAAAAAGGUUUGUACAAUGAAAAAUAAUACCAGUUGGGUCAAGCUUUUAACUCAUUAAGUUACAAUUAACAGAUAAAAAAUAUUAUAUCAUACCCCUGCUGUAUACAAACAAAAACCUGAGUUCAGGAGUGUGUGAACAGACAAUCACUUGGACAAGACAGGACGAAUACUGAAAACAAAACAAAGACAAAAACGGCACACACAAACAAAAACAAAACAGAACAGGACAAGACAUCAA